AAGGGUGUUUUGUUGACAUCAUUUUUUAGCUCUACUUGAGUCUUUUUAUUGUUGUUUUUCUACUAAAACAAAUUAGUUCAAAAUUUUCUUUAAUUAGUUUCCUCCUCCUUUCUUUAUUUCCCUAUAAAUUUAUCACUUGAAGUUCUCCAUGUAAUUAAAAACUAUGUCGAAUCCUUUUGAUGAAGAUAAUGGUGAAAUUCUUGAGGGUUUCUUGUGUCCCAUUUGUCGUGAAGACCUCCGUUCCAUCGAGUUCCUUACCGACCAUGUUGAAAACUUUCAUGCCGAAGAACAAGACGCCCUUAAAUCCAUCUUCAAAGAUAUUUUUAGCAAAGCUAAACGGAAAAUAAAGUCGAACUUCGAUGACUCCAUUGAUCUGGCGAGAAGUUUGGACCGUGAUGUUCGGAUCAACAGUAGCAAUACAACAACCCGUGGCAAUGUUUUUAAUUAUAUGGUCCAAAAUGUAGGAGCCGAACGUUCACACUUUUCAUAUUUCACCUCAGUUAGGAAUCCCAGAUUAGAACGAUAUGCAAGUGAAACGAAUAAGUUGAUAAUCCGACUGCAUAAAUUACUCAAAGACAUGCCCGCCGAGCCAGUCGCAAGGAAACAGCACGAGCAAAAUAUAGUUCCAUGGCUUGAUGGAAGUUCAGUAAAACUCUGCCCCAAUUGUGCUAAAAGUUUUCAUAUUGCUCGACGACAACACCACUGCCGAUUAUGCGGCAGCAUUAUGUGCAAUGAUUGUUCCAAGUUCCUUCCCCUGGAUGAUGCACUGGAACUAGCCAGUUUAACCUUGUCCCGAACUGACCCGAUUCCAAAAUCCAAAGAUGAACGCCUGAAUAGCAUCCGCACCUGUGAUCACUGUCUCUGGUUGCUAGAGACACGCAAAGAAAUGCACGACAGUCGGACAUGUCGUCCUCCGACAUCCGUCAUAUAUGACGAAAUCCAACAGCUUAAAAAGAACAUCCUGCCCGACAUCGACAUGUAUCUGAAGAUCAUAAAUAGCUUGUAUUCGGGUGAUUCAAUUUUUACCCUCGCCGAUGCGAGUGCAUUGCGCGGUAAAAUUGGACAAGUUGCUGAAAUCGUGGAUCUAAAGAGCAAGAAGAUACUGAUGCUUCCUUGCCAAGAGGGUACACGAGAGGAAGCCAUGAAGAAGUCUAUUCGGCUGUCGUGUGUGCAAUUUAUAAAAGAAAGAAUGUUAUCGAUUCCACCGUUGCCAGGAGAAGUGGAAAUAAAGAAAAUUCAGGACAAAAAGCGAAUGGAAACUGAACAGAGAAUAGAGACCGAACGUAGAUUGGCAUUGGAAGCUUAUGAAAAAUAUGGGUUAGCCGAAGGAAGUGAUGGUGCUGGCAGCGCUGAAUCAUAUGCUUCAGGGUCGGCUUUGCGUACCUUGGACAAUUGGAGUGCUUAUCAAAUAUCAACAUCUGGAGUUGCAAGCAACGAUCCACUCGUCGAACAAAUCAACAUCAUCAAGGGCUACAUCAAACAAGCACGCACUGCCAUGCGUUUCGAUGAAGUUGCCACUCUAGAACUAAACUUGCGUGAACUACAAAAAGAAUUCUAUAUGCAACAUCAAAAAGGAUCAAAUAAUACCACCACCAUCCCAGCAACAACAACAUUACCACAGAACAAAGAUUAAAUUAUACUAAAAGAAAUUCUUUUUAAAAAAUGUAUUUAAGAGUAAAUUUUUUAUUGCAUUCACCCUAUAAAUUAAUUUAAUACAAAAACAAAUUAAUAUAUGUAUUACUCGUGUAAAUGUAGAAAAGAAAGCUUUGUGCAAAUUACAACAAAAUACAUUUUAAUAAUAUAAUAGGUAUAUAGCUAAAGCAACUAUUUCAUUUUUUUCUUUUUGUCUUUCAUUGUGCGUGAAGAGA